UGCGCUUGCAUGCAUACUUACUGUAUGUAUAUACUAUACUUUGUAUACUAUAGAUAUGUGGAUGGUGUGUGUGUGUGUGUGUGUGUGUGUUUGUGUUGCGGGGGGGAAGGUGGUUGGGGUUUGUUGUACGAGGUGGUUAAAUCUUUUAUGUUCAAUUUCGAUUUCACUUUUAUUUCUUAUUUAUUCCAUGGGUACUCUGUAAAGGGUGUCUGACUCGUUGCGGCUGAACUCUGCAUUUAAUCUCGAUGCAUGUCUCAGACCUGACUCGCCGGAAAGGUGCCUUGCAGCCUGAUCACUGGAUCUACUUCAGUAAUCCUAGGGUUUGGUUUAUUGGACGUGCCGACUGCGGAAAAUACGGCUAUCUACUAACAAGUUUAGGUUAUGCUUAACCCGCUACUAUGCAUGUUCCGAUAGCAUAAGUGGUUGUGGUUGCUUUAUGCUCUCAGUCCUGUGCAUAUGUACAUAAAGGUGGAAAAAGUUGAGACGCGAAAUUGUCCAAUGAAGGAGGUCGUCUAUAUCAGCCCAGAUGCAUGUCCUAAAGUUACAUAAACACUUCCCGAAAAUAGACAUGGGAGAUCUCGGAGACACCGGUGCCAGUCAGUUCAAUUGGAUAUGUUUUUUGUCAGCCUUGGGGGUGGGAUGAUUUUCUCAUUUCGAGUAUAGUUUACGUUCCAAGUUGUAUUAUGUCUUUCCUAUUUUCUUUGUCAGGUUUGAUUUUUAUUCCCCUGCCUAAUCGUACAUGUAUGUCUCAGAAGGCAGAGGGUCAAAUUAAAAAUAAAAUAAAAUAAAAUAAGUUGGAAACAUCCAGAAGGGAAGGAGAAGAGGGAAAAA